GGAGUCUGGCACCGCCGGUCGUUGAGUGCUCAAAACGCCGAGUCACAGCUGCCACCAUACAGCCCACCCGACCAGAAACGCCCCUCGUCCUGCGGAGAGGAGUGGUUAGAUCACAGAGCCCGCGGGGCUGGGAUCACACGGUACGGGGAGGGGUAGUAUCCGCCGCGGUGGAGCGGGCCGUCCCGGCGACCACUCGUCCCUCUGGUGGCGGUCGGCUCGGUUCUGUUUCGUCCGCUCUGGUGUGUCGCAGACCGUCCGUCGACCGGCGUACAGUAUCGGCCGAGCCUCCGCCUCUCUCAGUCGCUGCCUGUACACUCUGUCCCAUCCUCACUCAACUCACCGCCUAACCGCACUUAAUUCAACCGUACCGAGUUCUCUCCACAUUCCAAAUGGCCUCCCACGCGGACUCUGGUGCGCAGAAGACGGUAGUGCUCGCCUACUCGGGCGGCCUGGACACGUCGUGUAUCCUGGUGUGGCUUCGUGAACAGGGCUACCAGGUGGUGGCCUACCUGGCCAACAUCGGACAGGACGAGGACUUCACCGCCGCCAAACAAAAGGCCGAGAAACUCGGAGCCAUAAAGGUGAUUAUCGAUGAUCGACGCGAUGUCUUCGUCACCGACUAUAUCUGGCCGGCCGUCCAGUGCGGACUCAUCUAUGAGAAACGCUACCUGCUCGGAACGUCCGUGGCACGGCCUUGUAUCGUACAAGGUAUUGUGCAGGCAGCGAUUGACAACAAGGCCUCGUUCAUCAGCCACGGAGCCACGGGCAAGGGGAACGACCAGGUGCGCUUCGAGCUCGGCGUGGCCGCCCUGGCGCCCAACAUCAAGACGCUGGCUCCGUGGCGGAUGCCGUCGUUCUACAACCGGUUCCAGGGGCGUGCCGACCUGUUCGCCUACGCCCAGCAGAACGGUAUCCCACUGCCGGUGACACCCAAGAAGCCGUGGUCCAUGGACGCCAACCUGCUGCACAUCAGCUACGAGUCGGGUGUCCUGGAGAAGCCGAGCACGGUGGCCCCGCGCGACCUGUACCAGAUGACCUCUGACCCGGAGAGUGCGCCCGACAAGCCGCAUCUGCUCACCAUCCACUUCAAGGAAGGAAUCCCCAUACGGGUGAUGGACCACACCGAAAUCAAGGAGAUCACCGACCCGUACAAGAUGCUGGAGCACCUAAACCUGGUCGGCGGCAGACACGGCGUCGGACGCAUCGACAUAGUUGAGAACCGCUUCGUCGGACUCAAGAGCCGCGGCGUGUACGAGUGUCCGGGCGGUGAGAUUCUCUAUCAGACCCACCUGGACCUGGAGACCUACACGCUGGACAGAGAGGUGUUCCACAUCAAGGAGGAGCUCGCCGUCAAACUGGCCAAACUCGCCUACAAUGGUUUCUGGUUCAGUCCGGAAGGCCAGUACGUGUUUGGCUGUGUGAAGGCAUCGCAGAAAGACGUGACCGGCACUGUGCACUGCAAACUCUACAAGGGCUCAGUACACAUUCUGAGCCGGGACGCCCCAAUCGGCCUCUACAACGAGCAGCUCGUCUCCAUGGACGUUCAGGGCGACUACGAGCCCAUGGACGCCGAGGGCUUCAUCAAAAUCAACGGCAUCCGACUGCGGGAGAGCCACCGCACGGCGCACAGCUGAGCGCCCGGCAGUGGUCCGGCGCGGCGCGAGGGGCGGCCGGCCGAGCGCAGUCGAGGUAGACGGAGGAAGGGGGAGCGUGCCGGCUCCCAGCGACCGUGUGGCAGUGGGAGUGGAUGUCUGAGGGAGCGCAGCUCCGGAACAGUGCCAGCCGAUAUACCAAAUACAUCAUCCAUCUGGU